UGCCGGAAGGUCCUAGUCUUGAGGCUAAUGGCGGACGCCGGCGGAUUGGUGAUGGCCUUGGCUUAGGCCUUCAAGGGACUUAGUAUCCAUCGAAUACCUGCGCCAUCCUUCCCUCCGUAGGGUAAAGAAGUGGCCUCACGACUUCCCUGGCCCUGGCUUGCUUUGACUUGACUGUUGGUAUUACCAAGUCCUAGAGUACUGAGUGGCUUAGUUUUGUUGCCAUCAUGUUCCUGUACAAUUUGACCUUGCAGCGAGCCACUGGCAUCAGCUUUGCCAUUCAUGGCAAUUUCUCUGGAACCAAACAACAGGAAAUUGUUGUUUCUCGUGGGAAGAUCUUGGAGCUACUUCGCCCAGACCCUAACACUGGAAAAGUACAUACCCUCCUCACUGUGGAAGUAUUUGGUGUUAUCCGGUCACUCAUGGCCUUUAGGUUGACAGGUGGCACCAAGGACUACAUUGUAGUUGGCAGUGACUCAGGUCGGAUUGUUAUCUUGGAAUACCAGCCAUCUAAGAAUAUGUUUGAGAAAAUUCACCAAGAAACUUUUGGCAAAAGUGGAUGUCGCCGAAUUGUUCCUGGCCAGUUUUUAGCUGUGGAUCCCAAAGGGCGAGCUGUUAUGAUUAGUGCCAUUGAGAAACAGAAGUUGGUAUAUAUCUUGAACAGAGAUGCUGCAGCCCGACUUACCAUUUCAUCUCCCUUGGAGGCUCACAAAGCAAACACUUUAGUAUAUCAUGUGGUUGGAGUAGAUGUAGGAUUUGAAAAUCCAAUGUUUGCUUGUCUGGAAAUGGAUUAUGAGGAAGCAGACAAUGAUCCAACAGGGGAAGCAGCAGCAAAUACUCAGCAGACACUUACUUUCUAUGAACUAGACCUUGGUUUAAAUCAUGUGGUCCGAAAAUACAGUGAACCUUUGGAGGAACAUGGCAACUUCCUUAUAACAGUUCCAGGAGGAUCAGAUGGUCCAAGUGGAGUGUUGAUCUGCUCUGAAAACUAUAUCACCUACAAGAACUUUGGUGACCAACCGGAUAUACGGUGUCCAAUUCCCAGGAGACGGAAUGACCUGGAUGACCCUGAAAGAGGAAUGAUUUUCGUUUGUUCUGCCACCCAUAAGACCAAAUCAAUGUUCUUCUUUUUGGCCCAAACUGAGCAGGGUGAUAUCUUCAAGAUCACUUUGGAAACAGAUGAAGAUAUGGUAACUGAGAUCCGGCUGAAAUAUUUUGAUACUGUGCCUGUUGCUGCUGCCAUGUGUGUGUUGAAAACAGGCUUCCUUUUUGUAGCAUCAGAAUUUGGAAACCAUUACUUAUAUCAAAUUGCACAUCUUGGAGAUGAUGAUGAAGAACCUGAGUUUUCAUCUGCUAUGCCUCUGGAAGAAGGAGAUACAUUCUUCUUUCAGCCAAGACCACUCAAAAACCUUGUAUUGGUGGAUGAACUGGACAGCCUUUCUCCCAUUCUAUUUUGCCAGAUAGCUGAUCUGGCCAAUGAAGAUACUCCACAGUUGUAUGUGGCCUGUGGUAGAGGACCUCGGUCAUCUCUAAGGGUCUUAAGGCAUGGACUUGAGGUGUCGGAAAUGGCUGUUUCUGAGCUACCUGGUAACCCCAAUGCUGUCUGGACAGUACGUCGGCACAUUGAAGAUGAGUUUGAUGCCUACAUCAUUGUGUCUUUCGUGAAUGCCACCCUUGUACUGUCUAUUGGAGAGACUGUAGAAGAAGUGACUGACUCUGGGUUCCUGGGUACCACCCCAACCUUGUCCUGCUCCUUGUUAGGAGAUGAUGCCUUGGUACAGGUUUAUCCAGAUGGUAUUCGGCACAUUCGAGCAGAUAAGAGAGUCAAUGAAUGGAAGACCCCUGGAAAGAAAACAAUUGUGAAGUGUGCAGUGAACCAGCGACAAGUGGUGAUUGCCCUGACAGGAGGAGAGCUGGUCUAUUUUGAGAUGGAUCCCUCGGGACAGCUGAAUGAGUACACUGAACGGAAGGAGAUGUCAGCAGAUGUGGUGUGCAUGAGUCUGGCUAAUGUGCCCCCUGGAGAGCAGCGUUCUCGCUUCCUGGCUGUGGGACUGGUGGACAAUACUGUCAGAAUCAUCUCCCUGGACCCCUCAGACUGUUUGCAACCUCUGAGCAUGCAAGCUCUCCCAGCUCAGCCUGAGUCCUUGUGUAUUGUGGAAAUGGGUGGGACCGAGAAGCAGGACGAACUGGGUGAGAGGGGCUCUAUUGGCUUCCUCUACCUAAACAUUGGACUGCAGAACGGUGUGCUGCUGAGAACUGUCCUAGACCCUGUCACUGGAGACCUGUCUGAUACUCGCACUAGGUACCUGGGGUCCCGUCCUGUGAAACUCUUCCGAGUCCGGAUGCAAGGCCAGGAGGCAGUAUUGGCCAUGUCAAGCCGCUCUUGGUUAAGCUAUUCUUACCAGUCUCGCUUUCAUCUCACUCCCCUGUCUUAUGAGACCCUGGAAUUUGCAUCUGGUUUUGCCUCUGAACAGUGUCCUGAGGGCAUUGUGGCCAUCUCCACCAAUACCCUGAGGAUUUUGGCAUUGGAGAAGCUUGGUGCUGUCUUCAAUCAAGUAGCCUUUCCACUUCAGUACACACCCAGGAAAUUUGUCAUCCACCCUGAGAGUAACAACCUUAUCAUUAUUGAGACAGACCACAAUGCCUAUACUGAGGCUACAAAAGCUCAGAGAAAGCAGCAGAUGGCAGAGGAAAUGGUGGAAGCAGCAGGAGAGGAUGAACGUGAGCUAGCUGCAGAAAUGGCAGCAGCAUUCCUCAAUGAAAACCUCCCUGAAUCCAUUUUUGGAGCUCCCAAGGCUGGCAAUGGGCAAUGGGCUUCUGUGAUCCGGGUGAUGAAUCCUAUUCAGGGUAACACCCUGGAUCUUGUCCAGCUGGAACAGAAUGAGGCAGCUUUUAGUGUGGCUGUGUGUAGGUUCUCCAACACUGGUGAAGACUGGUAUGUGCUGGUGGGUGUGGCUAAGGACCUGAUACUCAACCCUCGAUCUGUGGCAGGAGGCUUUGUCUAUACUUACAAGCUUGUGAACAAUGGGGAAAAACUGGAGUUUUUGCACAAGACUCCAGUGGAAGAAGUUCCUGCUGCCAUUGCUCCAUUUCAAGGGAGGGUGUUGAUUGGUGUGGGGAAGCUUUUGCGAGUUUACGACCUGGGGAAAAAGAAGUUACUCCGAAAAUGUGAGAAUAAGCAUAUUGCCAAUUAUAUAUCUGGAAUCCAGACUAUUGGACAUAGAGUAAUUGUGUCUGAUGUCCAAGAAAGUUUCAUCUGGGUUCGCUACAAGCGUAAUGAGAACCAGCUCAUCAUUUUUGCUGAUGACACCUACCCCCGGUGGGUCACUACAGCUAGCCUCCUAGACUAUGACACUGUGGCUGGAGCAGACAAGUUUGGUAACAUUUGUGUGGUGAGGCUCCCACCUAACACCAAUGAUGAAGUGGAUGAGGAUCCCACAGGAAACAAAGCCCUAUGGGACCGGGGCUUGCUCAACGGGGCCUCACAAAAGGCAGAGGUGAUCAUGAACUACCAUGUUGGGGAGACAGUGCUGUCAUUACAGAAGACUACGUUGAUCCCUGGAGGUUCAGAAUCACUUGUCUAUACCACCUUGUCAGGUGGAAUUGGCAUCCUUGUCCCAUUCACAUCCCAUGAGGACCAUGACUUCUUCCAACACGUAGAAAUGCACCUGAGGUCUGAGCAUCCCCCGCUUUGUGGGCGGGACCACCUUAGCUUUCGUUCCUAUUAUUUCCCUGUUAAGAAUGUGAUUGAUGGAGACCUCUGUGAGCAGUUCAACUCCAUGGAGCCCAAUAAGCAAAAGAAUGUCUCUGAAGAACUGGACCGAACCCCACCUGAGGUGUCCAAGAAGCUUGAGGAUAUCCGGACCCGUUAUGCCUUCUGAGCCCUUACUGUACCUGUGGGCUUGCCAGAGACACUGUUUUUGACCCUUACUACCAUCAUUACCACCUGUCUUCUGCUAUAUGGCAGGAGAAAGGUGACUGGAUAUUUAAGGCUAUAAUAUUAAAGCCAGUAGCUCUCUCCCCUCAACUCUUCCCUUGGAAUGACUGGUUCCCCCUAAAAUUGGCACAGAUUCACUCACUUCUCCCUGCCCAGCACAUGAUACAUUGUCCCAACCCAAUGCUCUAUUCCUGAAACCAUCUCUGCAUUGAUAUUUGGCUCUCUUCUACUUUUGUACACACCCUUAAUUUUUAACUUGUUUUCCUGUAAAUACAGUUUUGUACAAUGUUAUUUGUGGGAGGGAGGAAGAUAAGUUAAGGUGGGGUCAGGUUGGAUACAAUAUGACUCCUAAAUUCUGUCACUUGGAACCUGCCCAGAAAUGCAAACCUAGUUUUUAAGGUG